GAGGUGAGGAUUGGCAUGCGGCCCGUGCUGGUGCUGAGUGGGCUGGAGACCAUCAAGCAAGCCCUGGUGAAGCAAGGAGAGGACUUCCAGGGGCGCCCCGACCUCCAGAGCUUCCAGUACAUUUCGAAUGGGCAGAGCCUGGCCUUCAGCCCCGACUCUGGGGAGGUGUGGAAAGCCCGCAGGAAGCUGGCCCAGAAUGCCCUGAAGACCUUCUCCAUUGCCCCCAGCCCCACGUCCUCCUCCACCUGCCUGCUGGAGGAGCACGUCUCCAAGGAGGCUGAGUACCUGGUCACCAAGUUCCUGCAGCUGAUGGAGGAGGAGAAGAGCUUUGACCUUAACCAGUACCUGGUGGUCUCGGUGGCCAAUGUCAUCUGUGCCAUGUGCUUUGGCAAGCGCUACGAGCACGAUGACCAGGAGCUGCUCAGCGUGGUGAACCUAGGCAAUGAAUUUGGGGAUGUGGCUGGUGCUGGCCACCCUGCUGACUUCAUCCCCCUGCUCCGGUACCUUCCCAGCCGCACCAUGGAGCUCUUUAAGGACAUCAACAGGAGAUUCAAUGCCUUUGUGCAAAAAAUUGUGCAGGAGCAUUACACCAGCUUUGAUAAGGAGCACAUCCGGGACAUCACGGACUCGCUGAUUGAGCACUGCCAGGAGAAGAGUGUUGGGGAGGAUACCCAUGUUCAGCUCUCCAAUGAGAAGAUAAUUCACAUUGUCAAUGACCUCUUUGGGGCAGGCUUUGACACUGUGUCAACUGCCUUAUCCUGGAGCCUCAUGUAUGUUGCCUUGUACCCCAACAUCCAGAAGAAGAUCCAGGAAGAACUAGACCAGACCAUCGGCCGUGAGAGGAGACCGCGGCUGUCGGACCGGGGCACGCUGCCCUACACAGAGGCCUUUAUGCUGGAGAUGUUCAGGCACUCUUCCUUCCUGCCCUUCACCAUCCCACACAGCACAACAAAAGCGACGGUGCUGAACGGAUACUACAUCCCAAAGAACACUUGUGUGUUUAUCAACCAGUGGCAAGUGAAUCAUGAUGAGAACCUUUGGAAGGAACCCUCAGCCUUCAACCCUGAGCGGUUCCUCAACCCUGCGGGGACGGAGAUAAACAGGACAGAGAGUGAAAAGGUGUUGUCUUUUGGCCUGGGGAAGAGGCGAUGCAUUGGAGAGACCAUCGGCCGCUGGGAGAUCUUCCUCUUCCUGACCACCCUGCUGCAGCAGCUGGAGUUCAGCCUCCGCCCCGGGGAGGAGGUGGACGUCACCCCUCAGUACGGACUGACCAUGAAGUACAAGAAGUGCGAAUGCUUCCAGAUCAAGCAGCGUUUUCCCAUGAAAAGCUCUCCAUAAGCCACCAGAAGAAGGAAAGCCAGCCCUCAGCGUCAGACAGCCUGCUUUUGCUAAAGGCACAGCCCCUUGUUGUGUUGCUUCGCUGGAGGCUUGUUCCUCUCGUGGGGAUGGGAGCAGGGUGGGACAAAGCCGGCUUUGUCGGGCUCUUCGCAGCGCCUGGAGCCAGCUCCAUCACCCUUUCCCGCAUGGAUGUUCACCAGAGGUCCAGCACUCACGCCUCUUGGAGAGAUCCAGGGGGAUUGCAGCCCUGUGGUGGGGAGGAGGAUGCUUGGGGGUGGGAGAAGCAGGGUGGGAUGUUGGUGGGGUGUCCUCUGCCCUGAGCUGGAGCUGCGAUGGACAACUCCCUUCAUCCAAAUAUAAAUAAACCUCAGAGAAACCUGACCAGCCUUAUCUCACAGGGGGAAAGCCUGUUUUCCAAAGCCUUCAGCUCUUUGUGCCAAUGGGAAUGGGUGCUUCCCGCUGCUCCAGGUGCCUUCUGAAGGGUUCUCAAGGCUGCACCAGAACCCAUUUGAAGAGGACCUGUCCUGUGUGCACCCACCCACCUAAAUUCCUUGAAUGUUAACUCAUGGAGUGAAUUCCUGAGUGUUUCUACCAAUCCUUGGUGGCAGACUACUAGGAAAAAUAAAUAUGUCCAUAAGCAAUGCUGCUCAUAAAUUGAGAUAUUAACUGAACUCCUAACACAAAGCCUGGAAAAUAUCAAGGGACUGGGAAACAGGGACAGGAAGGACAGAGGAAGAGUAGGACACUUCUGGCUUUCAGACUAACUCUGUAUUUGCUGCUUUUUUUAAUUAAUAGGGUUUUUUCUUAUCAAGAAAUAGAUUUCUAUAUCCAGACUAAUUAGAGGAACAAGGAUUUGAGGACUGCAGAAGGUGCCUUAUGCUGCAUUCCACUUUAGCCAGUGGGAAGGUGAAGCCUUAUGGCAAACAGAGCAGCAAUUCCUGCUUGUUUGUACUUGUAUGGAAUGCAGCUGUGUGCUGUGAUAGAAACCACACAAUAUUUCUAACCCAAUAAAUGCUUAUCUGAAAGUUU